AUGUAUCUCAAAAACUCAUUCCUUAAGGUCAUCAAGCUCGUGAGCCAAUUUCAGCUCAUUUUACUUCAACUCUCUAAGGGUGAUCUAACUUUAGCAUCAUCAUUUUUGGCGCCGUCUGUGGGAAGGCAAACAAGAUCACGUAGCGCGCAAGAUGGCCUUGAGACUUCUGCUCAGGGGAGUGUGACACUGCUAACAACCACCCACCUCGUGGAGGCUCUGGUUUUUCCCGUUUCUUUUCCAGACGACAGCUCAUGCUUCUGCCAACGCUCGCCUGGUGCACCGCGGAGUCUUAUUAUUUUAGGAUUUGCUCGACUUAUUUCAACAUCGAGUGUGAAUUAUCAGGUUCAUGUUGGGGAAUACGGUGUGCACUGGAAUUUCUUUUUCACUCUAGCUGCCGUGGCAAUUCUCACAUUCAUUAUUAAUGUGCAUCCAAAUUAUUGCGGGAUUUUAGGCUCCUUGAUCCUCAUUGGAUAUCAAGCUUUACUAUUGUGUGGGCUGAAUAAAUUUAUCAUGUCGGAAGAAAGGAAACCAGAUAUCUUUAGUCAAAACAAGGAAGGAAUAUUUAGCAUAUUUGGGUAUUGGGGUAUGUAUCUUGUUGGUGUCAGAAUAGGAAGCUAUCUCUUCUUUGGAGGCAAUGCUGAUGCUACGUUAAAAACCAAGAAAUGGGCAGCGACUAGAGUUUGGGCUCUUUGCCUUUUCUUCUGGUUGAUAACUUUGCUUCUAGACUGGUACGUCGAAGCAGUAUCUCGGAGAAUGUGCAACUUGGCAUAUGUUACUUUCACUCUGGCUGCCAACCUUCAGGUACUAGCCAUUUUGAUGCUCUCCCAUUAUGUAUCGGGAUGUAAAAGCUCAGCUCUAGAAGAAGCAUUUAAUCGAAAUUUAUUGACAUCUUUUCUUCUGGCGAACGUCCUCACGGGAUUGGUGAACUUGUCUAUUGAUACUCUCUCUGCAUCAUCAAUCUUCGCUGUAGCUAUCUUGUUUGCCUAUGCGUUCGUUUUAUCCCUUUCUGUUGGAUUUGCAGACUUUUUUGGUAUUAAGUUGAAGUUUUGGUAGUGAAAAACACACAUCACAUGUUAGGUUGUCGAUAUUUGUAUGAAUCAUGACAUGUAAACAUAGAUUAAUAUUUAUGUUAUUUGGUCACUUUGCUUUCA